CAAAUAGCAUCCAAAAAGUCAACAUCGUCCAGUAUCAACGAUUUCUAUUCAUAACCCAACAGACGUAUCGCUGUAUACUUAGUAAGGCUCGAGCACAUCUCGGUAUUUUGCGAGUGUAAUGUUAAGUUUCUAGUACUUCUUACAACAUCCUUACUAACCCACAUCCCCCUCUAAACGACGCGAAAAUGCCUUCAAUAUUCCCUCACAUGCGGAUGUUUCAAUUCAAUAACAGCAAAAACAAUAUCAAGAACGGUACCUUAGCCUGCCAUGACUCAUCAUUCAGCAGCAACACGACCAUCACCACCACUAAUGACGGAUCUCAAGCAUCUGAAGUCUGCGACACCUGCGGUUGCGUGCACGGAAUUUCUCUGCUUGCUCAUCAAGACAAAUUGGAAUGCGCGUUGAACCAGAUCAAGAAGCUCGAGAGAGAAAAACCCGAAGUGAAGAUCUAUCCGCCCAGUGAGGAGCUGGUGCUGGAAGAUCUCAGUCUGAAUACGAUCAUUGGCUACCACAAAGACUACGUAGCCCAUUGGGCUCUUUCAAUGUGUUGGAGGUACAGAGCACGGGUUUUGAUGUUGCAUUUAGAGAUUGCGGCUCGUACAGGCGAUGAAGAGGGAAUUCGGAGGGCUAAGGCGAACUUUGAAGAUGCUGGAGAUUAUCUGGAGGAGAGCAUUGACGACCUCUUCGCGCUGAUGGGGGAUCAAAUAGAGCGCGUUUUUCAAGCUACGAAGCGGGAGCUCUCAAAAACACCAGCAGUAGCGGAGAAGGAAGCUUCUGCCGUGGAUGAGUCUCUGAUGGAAGUAUAUACAGCUCGAGACACUACGAGAAGGGAUUCUGUGACUAUGGACGAUUAUACAAAGAACGCUUCCCUCUUGAGUGUCACUGCGGAGUAUUGUAGUGAUACGAAAUGAACAUUGUGAGAAG